AUGUAAAUGAAGGUGAAAAGAGGUCUCUCAAAUUUUGUGAUUUGCCCUUUUCAAACAAUAUAUCUUUAGAUAUCCAGGACCUGGGACAGAACUGGCAUAUCAGACAGCUGAAGGGUUGGGGGGGGGGGUGUUCUGCUUGGACUUUCCCUUUUGUCCAAAACCCUCCACCCUCAACCAUGUGCUUUGUCACCAGUCUCCCCAACAGAAAUUGGGUUCCUCUCCUAGUUAUUCUUGCAGCAAGAUUGGAUCCUCACCAAGAGGACUACAGUUGCAGGAAUGCAGGGUAAGGAGGGCCUCUAUGAAAGCAAGUAACCAUGAUGAUGAUGGACCUUCCCGCCCUGCUGGAUCGUGAGCCUCCCGUGAUUCUGCCCAUGCUGGUUGGGGAGACAUCUCAGCAGGUUGUAUUUGUUCAAGUGAAUCCUGGGGAGACUUUCGCCAUCAGAACUCAAGAUGGAUCUCUGCAGUGCAUUCAAGGGCCAGCUGAAGUCCCGAUGAUGUCAGUAAAUGGCUCAGUUCCACCCAUCUACGUGCCUCCCGGCUACAUCUCGCAGGUUCUGGAGGAUGGUACGGGGUUCCGGAGGGUGGUAAUCACACCCCAGUCUGAAUGCUACCCCAGAUACUCGCACUCCAUCUCCCCCAUACACUCCCUGCAUCCUUACUUGGGACAUUCCAACUUCCUCCAAACCUGGAACAAGUUCUACCUCCCCACUGGUGACACACCACCCCACCAUUACUACCACUAUUGUCCCUUCCCCAUGUACAGGGAAGACCCCAUCCCGGUGUAUGGCAUGUCCGGUUGGAUUGGCCGCGAGGACCGCUGUGCCAAACCUCAGGCCAAAGUCAAGGAGAGGCCACUUGACCGCCAGAAUCGGCUCAACAACCCCUUGUCUUCCAUGUCCAAAAUCCACAGAAGUGGCAUGGUCACGCCCAUGGCCAUAUCCAUGGGCCAGGACAAGAGUCACAACGCUAGUGAUGGACGCAAUGGCGUACUGGGCGUCUCAAAGGCAGAAUGGUGGGAAAGAAGUAGUCCCCGAGCCAGCGAACUGAACACGCAGGAUCAGAAUGUGGAAACCAGCAGAACUGACAUGUUUCCAGAGAUCGCCAGACCCCAGGUGUUGAAUAUCCAGGCCCGCAGUGCACAGCUCACUUGGAUGCCACCGGUGACUCUCUCAGGUGUCGACGGAUCCAGCAGUAGCUCUUGCAGCUAUGAGGUGGUUCUGUCAGACAAGGGGUGGGAUGGGAAGUACAGAGUUGUGUACAGUGGAGAAGAACUGGAAUGUGUCCUGAAGGAUCUUCGACCUGCAACAGACUAUCAUGUGAGGAUAAAUGCUCUUUGUGGAAACGUGAGGGGUUCCAGCUCAGAACCAGUGGUCUUCACCACCCUCGCCAGUUCCCCUGAGUGCCCCCUUCCCCCCAGACUCUCCCAUCGGACCAAGAGCUCCCUCACUCUGCAGUGGAAGCUUCCAGUUGACAACGGAUCAAAAGUCACUCACUACCUUUUAGAGUGGGAUGAGGGUAAGACAAGCAGUGUUUUCAAGGAAUGUUACUUUGGUGCGCAGAGACACUGCAAACUGACCCAUCUCAGCUCUGCCAUGGGUUACAAAUUCCGUCUGGCCGCACGAAAUGACAUCGGCACCAGUGGCUUCAGCCCAGAAAUGGUGUUCUUCACAAGUGGCCCCCUUCCACCGCUGCCCAAGAUGCCUCGUCUGGUCCAAGCCGGGACGGCCUGGGUCUCGCUGGAGUGGAGUCGCCCCAAAGGCUACAGACCAGAGGAGGUGCUUACCUACACUCUGGAGGCCAGGGAGGAGAACAAAGUGCGAGAUGUCCGUCAUACCACACAGGCAGGUGAAUUUCAGCCAAAGUAUGCAGGGGAAUGCUUGAUGUGCACUGUGGAAGGACUCAAGAGGAACACACAGUACAGCUUCAGGAUUUCUGCCUCUAGCAGAGAAAGGAGAAGCGGUCCAAGCUCCACUCUGGUCUGCACCACCACCCUGGACAUACCAGGAGUGCCCACGAAGCCUUGCCUGAAAGGGGAAGUCCUGCCCCACAGCUUCUGUGUGACAUGGGACCCCCCACAGGAUGAUGGAGGCACAGAGGUCAUGACAUACCUCUUAGAAAUCUCAGAAGGGAAUUAUGAAGGAAGCCCAUGGGAGGUGACAUACUGUGGCACAGCAAGCGAACACACGUGUGACGGCUUGAAACCUGACAUGGUGUACAGACUGCGGUUGUGCAGCAUCAGCACAGGUGGACGCAGCCAGUUUACAGAAUGCCUGCUGGUCCGCACGCUGGGUAUGGCCCCAGGACCCUGCACACCUCCAAGGAUUCUGGGAAAAGUCAAACAGAAGGAGGUGCACCUGCUGUGGGACUGCCCCUCCUCUGAGGCUACAGAGUACAGCCUGGAGAUCAGUGCGAUGGGUUCUGAACCCAGUGAGGUGUACCGUGGGCCAGCCCUGGAACACACUGUGAGCAGCCUGCUUCCUGGGGCCAAAUACACAUUCCGUGUGCGUGGCGCCAACCAGACUGGGUUUGGACCUUACUCGGAACCCACAGAAGUUAAGAUGGCACACGGUCCUCCCGGCCAGUGCAAGACGCCACUUUUGACGCUUGCUUCCCCCAGCAGCCUUCUGGUCAGCUGGGAGAGUCCAGAGAGCUCUGACGUGAGCGUUUCAGAGUACCACCUGGAAUGGAGCCGGAACGACGAUCCACUGCAGCUUGUGUACUCUGGUACCGACACACAGCGUGAGAUCUGUGACCUGACACCAGGAACACGGUACCGCUGUAGAGUACAGGCAGUCAGUGAGAUGGGAGUCAGCCCCUUCAGUGAGCUGGCAAGCUGCUGCACCCCGGCUGCCUCCCCAGAUGUGGUUCCUAACCUUACUACACUGGAGCAGGACCCUGCUGGCAGCCCCUCUUUUUCCCCCAGCACAUGCCUUGCUCUAAAGUGGGAGGAGCCCUGUGCCAACGGAGCCCCAAUCAUGUCGUACACUGUUGCCCUUGGAGACCAACUGAUCAACGUGGGUUGUAUCACUGGCCAUGUGAUCGAGGGAUUACAGCCCAACUACGAGUACAGCGUUCGGGUCCAGGCAGUGAAUGAGUUUGGCGCCGGACUGUUUUGUGUGCCGCUACAUGUGCGCACCCGGCCGUUGCCUCCUUCCCCACCCCUGCUGGAGUGUGCUGCUGUUGGACCGCAGAGCCUCAGGCUAAAGUGGUCCCCAACUGCGAGAGAGACGGCCUAUGUCUUGCAAAUGGAGGACCAGAAGAGGCAGAGGUUCGUGACCAUGUACAGGGGUCCAAGCCACACUUACAAGGUACAGAGGCUAAUGGAGUGGAGCAGCUACGCUUUCCGGAUCCAGGCUGUGAGCAGUGCAGGAGAGGGGCCCUUCUCUGACACCUACACCUUCAACACCGCCAAGUCCCUACCCCCUGCACUCAAAGCGCCCAGAGUCACUCAGCUAAAUGGCAGCACGUGCCGGAUCACGUGGGACGGUAUUCCGCCAAUGAGAGGGGAUCCAAUCAGCUUCAUUCUUCAGGUCUUGGUUGGGAGAGAAUCAGAGUACAAACAGGUUUUCAAAGGAGAGGAGACGGCCUUUCUGAUGGAGGGACUCGUGAGAAACGCGGAGCACCGGUUCCGCGUGGCAGCGUGCCGACGCUGCUCUGACACGGACCAGGAGCUCUGCGGACCCUUCAGCCCUCCUUGUCUUUUCUCAGCCCCGCUGCUCAAUCCAACCGCUGACGCUUUGCUCCGUGGAAAAGGAGACCAGAGCUACUCGGGGAUCUGCACCGAUGAGCAGUUUGCUGCUCUGAUCGUUGUGGUUCUCACUGCCAUCUCCAUUGUCACUGCCUUUGUGUUGCACUUCCUCGUCAUGGAGUGAGCUGGAGGAAAGUCCUAUAAAAAGGACAGGUGUGUUUGCAGCUCUGAAAGUGAAGCUUUGCAGUCCCCUCAGAUGUGGAGAAUCCCCUGUGCCUUUCACUUUAUUUAUAGCCUUUGGUCCAUAUUGUGGAGUAAGACCGCAGUGAUUCCUGGGCGCUCUUGCACCUUCUUUGGCCUUUUUUAUUUUGUUUUAUUUUAAAUACACUGGUACACAGAGCUGUGCUCAAAAAGUACUUGUGUGUUUUUUAACUUGUUUAAAUCAUACAGAUUUCAUUAAAUGUAUUUGCUCUUAUAUUCAGGACAGUUAUGACUGUAGUGAAUUUUAAAGAUGUGUAUUUUUAAUGAAAUCUUAGCUUCUUCCUGACUCCGUCCAAGUUUCAGUCAUCUACGAGGAGGUGGUGGAGAGAGGUGUGUGUGUGUGUGUGUGUGUGUGUGUGUGUGUGUGUGUGUGUGUGUGUGUGUGUGUGUGUGUG